AUGGAAAGCAGCAACGGUAGUCGCGGCGGAGUCGGAGCGCUGAGUGGGCCGCUGCCGCCGCAGUGGAGCGAGCUCACGGCGUUGCGACACCUGGGGCUGGCCGGCCAGGAGGGCCUUGUGGGCACCCUACCCCGCCCCUGGUCCGUCCUCAAGUCUCUUUCCAAACUCGACUUGCGAGGCUCUGCAGGUGGCCUCAACGGCACGUUGCCGGUGCAGUACAGCGCCCUGGUCUCCCUCGCCCACCUCGACCUCACAACCGCCGCGCAGCUACAGCGGCAGCAGCAGCAGCUUUACGGCAGUAGCGGCACCACUAACGCCAGCAGCGGCAGCAGCAGCAGCGGCAGCGGCGGCUUCACCGGCAUUCUGCCUGCUGCCUGGUCCUCCCUGACCUCCCUGACCUUCCUGUCGCUGUCCGGACAUGACGGCGUGUCAGGUACUCUGUCGCCAAGUUGGUCAUCUCUGUCGCAGCUGGAGGUGUUGGACGUGUCCGGGAACCGGCUGCGCGGCUCCUUACCGCCGCAGUGGACGUCACUGGGCUCCCUGGGGGUGCUCGACCUGUCGUACAAUGACCUCUCCGGCACCUUGCCGUACGCUUGGAGCACGCUCACCAGGCUCGUCCUGCUCAACAUCUCCCACAACCCCCAACUUGAGGGCGAACUGCCGGCGCCCUGGGGCGCCAUGGCUGAGCUGCACCAGCUGGACGUCUCCGGCUGCGGCCGCUUGGCGGGGCCCCUGCCCUCCUCCUGGAGCGCCCUCCGCCACCUGGCCUCCCUGGACGCAUCAAGUAAUGUGCUUGACGGCGGCCUGCCUGAGACGUGGUCGGCACUGGGCUCCCUGGAGAGUCUUAGCCUGGCGUCAAACGCGCUGUCGGGGCCGCUGCCGCCAUCGUACUCGGUGCUGACGGCGCUGACCUUCCUGGACCUGUCGGAGAACCAGCUCACCGGCAGCGUGCCCGCAGGUUGGCUACGCAGC